AAAUGUUAAUCAAAAAGGGCUACCACCUACUCUUGGACCAGGUUGGUUUUGGGUAAUUAGCAGGAUGUGUGGUUGAGUUUAUCACCUGUGGCCCACCAAGGAGGGAGAAGACUAGAUUAAUCAUUGACUCUUUUCACUGCAAUAAUAAUAUGAGUGUGAAGAAGUUUUAGAGGAUCAGUAUGAUCCGACAGGCUCUGGGAAUCACGACACAAUUUAAGAGGCCGAAUUCUUAAACUCUUAUUUCCUGAUGAUUUAUGAUUGUUUCAUUCAUUUUUGCUCCUUCAGUUGUAGCAUGUGGCUAAAAAGUUUCCAUGUUUCUCCUGCCUCGAAUAGUUCAUACUGAAAUUGAUUGAAUUGCUUUAAAGGCUGGCUUCGGAUUACCCUAUCAGUAAAAUUGCCUUAACAGGGAUUUGAGAAGCUAAGAAGGAUUUGAUGAAACUUCAUCCGAAUGAAUUAAUCUUAAUAGGUAGCAGGUGAAAAAAAUAAACAAGCAACUUGCACGUGCCACUUAGUGGAAAGAUUAGAUAUAUCUAAGAAGUCUAAAUAAGGAGUCACAUGCAAACUUAGGUGCACACACUUUGACAAUUUCUCUUCACCUGUCCUUCUCUCUUGUUUUUAGGUUGGGCUGUGACUGGCAGACAAGAAGUCUUUCUAAAUGGACAAGAAUUAUAAAUUCGGAACCCCCUGAUGCAGCUUUUGCCCUGAUUUAAAGCCGUUGUUUUCUGGCCGUACUUCCUGGCUUUGAAGGAUGGGUGAUGGGCCUGUGACUGAUCUUGCCUGCCUGCCUCAUCCCAUCCUUCAAUGGAGCCGAUGUGGAACACCUCCCACCCACCUCCACAGCUCAUGUCCAACAUGUCUGCCUCCUCUCUGCCUGAGGGCUGGGCUCUGUCUCAGACCCUAGCCCUACUGGCCAUGCUGCUCAUGGAUCUGCUGGCUGUGUUGGGUAACGUGGCCGUCAUGGCGGUGAUUGCCAAGGCCCCACAGCUCCACAAGUUUGCCUUUGUCUUCCACCUGUGUGUGGUGGACCUGCUGGCGGCCCUGGUGCUGAUGCCCCUCGGCAUGCUCUCAAGUCGAGCCUUCUUUGGGGAAGCCCUGUGUCGGAGUUACCUCUUUCUCAGCGUGUGCCUGGUUAGUGCUGCCAUCCUCUCCAUCUCUGUCAUCAAUGUGGAGCGUUACUACUACAUCAUACACCCUAUGCGCUACGAGGUAAAGAUGACUGUUGGUCUUGUAGCGUCAGUACUGGUGGGGAUUUGGGUAAAAGCUCUGGCCAUGUCUGCUCUGCCACUGCUCGCUUGGUUCCUGCAAGGUGGGAGAACUCCUCUUCUGGAGGGAAGUGGGGUUGGGGGAAUAAGCGGUGGGGCAGUCGCACCUCCAGCUGCUCAGGGUCAUAGGCGCUGCUCUCUGCAUUGGACAGGGGGAGCGUCAAACCGCAUGGCCUUCAUGGUCCUGUUCACACUGGUCUAUUUCCUUUGUCCUCUAAUGCUCAUUCUUGUGGUGUACUGCAAUAUGUUCAAAGUGGCUCGGGUUGCGGCCAUGCACCAUGGCCCUCUGCCCACAUGGAUGGAUACACCUCGUCGCCAGAGGUCGGAAUCACUCAGCAGCCGUUCAACGAUGGUAACCAGCUCUGGGACCGGGACCGGGACGGGAAGAGGGACCCCUCAGCGACCCUUUGGGGGAGGAAAGGCUGCAGCAGUGCUGGCAGCAGUGGGUGGGCAAUUCCUUUGCUGCUGGCUGCCCUACUUUACUUUCCACCUGUAUUCAGCACUGGCUGCCAGCCCUCCAGCCACACUGGCCUCUCUUGAGGAGGUGGUCACAUGGAUCGGCUACUUCUGCUUCACCUCCAAUCCUUUCUUUUAUGGCUGUCUCAACAGGCAGAUAAGGGAGGAGCUGGGCAAGCAUCUUCCUUGUCUAUUUCGUCGAGCAGGAGCCGAGAUGGAGGAAAGACUUCCCAGUCGUGAAGGAUCCAUAGAGGAAAACUUCCUACAGUUUCUUCAGGGCACUGGUUGCAACUUGGACCCUCAAAACUCUCACAGCACCUCCAGUCCAAAAGGUGAGGCUGGCUGUCCUGUGGCUCAGCCCCAACCACCAGAGCCGGCACAGCCCAUACCCAUUGAUUUCCGAAUUCCUGGGCAAAUUGCAGAGGAGACUUCAGAGUUUAUUGAGAAUGAACAGGCGAAAAACAACCAUAUAUGUACAGACAAUUAAGUUUGAAUUCCUUUAUUUCCUGAUUAUAAGCCUACUUUUGAUAAUUCAGACAUGUGCAGUUUCAGGAUAUAUUCCAGUGAAAACAAGAUGAUCUAUCUCUACUGAUGGCUGUCCACUUCAUGUCGAUGACCUUUGAAUCAUUGCACUUUAACUCACCAGAUUUUGUCCUUGAACAGUUAUGUUGACACAAUUUGAUGCAGUUGAUUGCUCUGAUCUGUACAGUGAAGGAAACAGUAAAAUAACACUGAUGUAAGUAGCUAAAGUCCUUCUUUGAAAAAGAAAGAAAAACCUAUAGAAGUAUAUUUUUUUAUUCCAGAACUUUGAGGUACAGUAUUCCUUCUGAUCUCCUAUUAGGGAAAGUUACCUGAUACAUUGACUUCCUCUCAAUUGUACCAAAGGCAGAAUGCUAUAAGGCAAUCUGCCUUAGAUAUUCAGAGGACAAAGUGUUCCAACAAGCUAACUGACACUGUAUUUGUGACUGUAAAUUAUUGCAACAAAAGUAAAGACAUGAUAGACAGCAAUAAAAUUGUAAACCGUAUUUAGGGGAUCCAUUGAGGAAAAAGCACUACUGUCACUUUUGAUUGGUAGUGGGGCUUUCGUUGUGGAUAACGCCGCUCUUAACCCAUUUGCCAAUCUGCCAAUUAUAGUUGAUGAGGAGGUGUACAUGUUGUGGCCUAACUCUCAAUGAAUCACAAGUUGUUUACAGAUAGAUCUGAUUUUUUUCCCUCCUUGUCGGUGCUUGUCCAUACAUAUCUUUUUUUAUGUCCCGAAAAGAAAACCAGAUCUUUCGGGAGAUCAGUGUAGGACAAAAGUUGGAUUAACUCACCCAGCUUCCUGCCGUGUGAUGUAUUUAUAAGUGUAUUUGGAUAUAAAACCUAAAAAACAACAUUAAUUGAUGCACUGCAUUACAUUCAAAUAUGAUUCUCCCAUUUGUAAUGUACUAAACUGUGUGUUAAGUUAGUAAAACAGUAUGAGUUCAGGGUUAUGUGUUUCUCUUAAUACACACAUUUUCUUUUCAAUUGUGAGUACUUGUUUGAAUGUUAUUUUGAGGAGUAUUUUAACUCAUAUGCAGUAAAUGCCUUUGUUUCUUUUCUAGAGGUGAUUUUUUUUUUUUUAAAUCCAAGAAGUAGAAAACUUUGACUACCCUGUUGUAUAACAGCUUUUUAUACAGUACCUCAUGUGCAAGAAAAGAAAAGAAACAUUAUUUUACAAUCCUGGACAGUUCCCAGUCAA